AUGGUCAAAGUCGGUGAUAUGGAAUUCACAUCUUUUACUGAGGCCGGUGUUUCAGUGCCUUCUCCUGUUCAGUUGCAUCUAUUACCACUACUACAACCACAAAAACAGGUUAAGCCCCCCUUAGAAAGAUUACGUAAAGAAGCAUUCUCCAAUCGUAUUGCGUACAAGGUCGGAUCAACAUCUUGGACCUCUUCCAAUCAUGUCUUCCCUGCAGCAUUCCCACGAUCACAUUUCCAUGCGACGCACAAACCCGGUCCGGCACCGUUGGGAGUGCAUGCAGAAGUACUGGAAGGAGGAAAAGAGGUAGAACGUCAAGUUCGUCAAGCGGGCAUGCAGCAACUUGAAGAACAACUUUCUCAAUGUCCACCUGAAACAAUCUACCCACCACAUACACAACAAGAAGCAGAACGGAUCGCACAAACUUUGGCAGAUUCAGGUCAACCACAAUUAUGGGGAAGCAUUCAACGUAUUGUUCCUGAUUCCGUACAAAAGAAAGGCAAACCUAUCACGCUGUUCCUUUCGCAUGCCAAUGGAUUUCAUAAAGAGAUCUAUGAGCCAAUGCUGGAGACAGUACUGAGCGAAUUAGAGUCUAAUGGAAGUGAUGUAUUUGUCGAGGAGAUUUGGAGUAUGGAUACGUUUAAUUCUGGCGAUGCAGGUAUACUGAAUCGUGAUACGCUGAGCGUUUGUACACCUUGGUGGGAUCAUUCAAGGGAUAUACAGCAAUUCCUGCAAAACUACCUUCCACCCAAAUCACAAACCGCAAAAGCGCAAUUGGAAAGACAAAAUGAAGGAACAGGCCGCAAAGACCGAACGAUUAUUGCUAUUACUCAUAGUCAUAGCGGUGCUGCAGCUUCUAUGCUGUUUGCUGGAAUUGCUGACCUUUGUGAUGGUCAUAUCAGUGUAGACCCAAUGAUGACGCGAUUUGAUGAUUUUGCAAUUGCUGCUUUACCCGGCCAACAUCCGCUAUUCAAGGGAGCCCUUAUUCGUAAAGACGUAUUCAAUAACAAGCAAGCACUCAUAGAUUAUAUGGAGACCAAGCCCUACUUUAAAGCAUGGGACGCUCGUGUACGUGAAAAUCAUAUCCGAUAUGGGUUCUAUCCAUUGGCAGGACACGAAAAUGAACCCGAUCCUCCCCUCACCCUAUGCAUGACAAAAUGGAGUGAAGCAUGCCAAUUCGCAUUCUCAUGGUGUGGAGCAUGGGGAGCGUUAGAAUUAACCAGACCAAGAAAUAAAGGUUUCACACAUAUCAUUUGGACAGAAUACGCACGUACAGUUACGCAAUUGCAAAGGGUACGUGAACAAAUCGCAACUAAUUUUGCCAAAUUUGGCGAUCGAUUUUCUUGGUCAGAUUUAGAUGCAAAUCAUUUGGCCGUUCAAGAAAAUCCCGAUUUGACAGGAAAAGAAGUCGCAAAGAUUAUCAAAGACUCCAUUGUCAAACACCAUAAAGAUUCUGCAAAAUUGUAA